UAUCUCUGUUGUCAUAUGUGGUACGUCCAAACUGGAGAUUAUAAAUUUAUUACGAAAUCUAAUACAUUGUAAACAUAAAAUGAUUUCUAUGGGAGGUGGGGCGACGUUACGAAAUCUCUUAGGGUCAAGAUGUGAUGGCAAUAUUCUUACUCUAGAAGUCACUGAAACAAUUCUUAAUGUUAAAGAAAAUGACCAAAUACCGAAAAGACAGAAGGAACUGGAUCGAAAACAUAACAAUAGAUGUUGGGUGGAAAAGACUCCGCCGUCUUUGAAACAAGGUGUAGACUUAUACGAUGAGAUUGUCGAAGUUUCAACAAAGAAGAUAUACGGAUCACCUGUAUCGAGCAAUAACGAUGAUAAAAUGAUGCAAGGCUUGGAAACGCGUUUUCAAAGUGUAAUGAAUACUACAGCUGAUUCUCCAACGCUUAAUGGUAUUCAUAAUAACAAUAACGUGCCUUAUGACGAAGAUACAAGGGACCAGCCGGUUGAUUAUAGUAAGAAAUAUACAGAAAGAAAUGGGCCCCCGCAAAACAGUAUCUUCGAUUCAUCCCAGAGAGAGCGACUGUCUAAAAAAGAAUUCUCCGAUCAUAACUCUAAGGUAGAUUUAUUUGGUGAUUAUGCAGAAACUGAUCUCGAUCAACCAACGGAUUACAGUUUACGGUAUGCAGAAGAUGAUACCGAUGAGGUAGAAAAAGAAAGUCCUAAUUAUUUUACUGGCAGCGAACAAGAAGAUACUGUUAAAACAUACUGCACGGAAGGUACUCCUUACGAAACUCCAUUUAACUUUUCGACGGCAACAUCUAUGUCGGAUUUAAGAGUCGAAGAGUCUAAGGAUAACGAUAAUUCAAAGAAAAACCUCAGGAAAGCUGGUGAAUUAAGGCAAAGAGAUCCAUUUUUGAAGCCGAGAGCAGUACAGUGCAUCGAUGAGCAGCCAUUAUUAACAAAAGAAGAGAAAAACAAAAAGAAUCUCCUGACACCUGUGAUGGGAAUCGUAGCACCUGAAAAGCCUGUAAAUUAUUACGUAGAAGGUACCCCUGAUUGUUUCUCGCGAGUUAGUUCAUCGAGUUCUCUUAAUAGUGCCACAGCUGCACAGGGAAAUAUUGUGACAGAUAUUGUUACCGAUACUCCGUUAAAUGGCAAUAUUGAGGUUACGACUUCUGAAAGAUCUAACCAAAAUAUAACUAUGUGUGAAAACAUUGAAAGAAUUUCUGCAGAGAAUAACCGCUCCCAAGACAUAAAGAACGAUUCCCGCACCAUGGAUAAAGAAGGUAAGGUGGUGACUUUUGGCGGGGAAGAUCGUUAUUCUGAGCAGACCCCACUGAUGUUCUCCCGUUGCAGUUCUCUUGGUUCUUUAAGUGGCUUUGAACAACAUUCCAUCCAUGAUGACCGCAGUUCGGUCAUUAGUGAUUUUAGUCGAAGAACUAGCGGCAUUGUGUCACCGAGUGAACUUCCUGAUUCACCAACUCAAACCGUUCCACCGAGUCCCCGUCAUCAUAAAACACAUUCCGUUAAUUUUACAGGCAGAACCCAAGAUGAGGUUCCGAGGUUACCACAUCGACAUUUAUCUUCCAAUAAACCAGCAUUGAAACGUAGUGUCUUUGAAGAUGACAUUGCAUCAUUCAAGGAGGAAUCUACUCCAAUAGAGUUUUCUGCAGCUACUAGUCUCAGUUCAUUGACUAUAGACGAUGAACACAAAGUAGCAAGCGAUCCUAAAAACCUAGAAAAUUUCCACCAUGGAACAGAAUGUCAAAUAAAGGAAAGUGACGAGAGUCCAACGAAUCCUCAAAUCGGCCAAGCUGAAGCAGAAAAGGACCAAGAUGAAGUUAGUGAUGUUGACGAAGAUGGCGAAGACAUAUUAGCGGCAUGCAUCAAUAUGGGAAUGCAACAUAAUAGGUUGGUUUAGAAAGUAUUAUUAAUGUA